AUGGAGAAUAGGACAGAAGUGACAGAGUUCAUCCUGCUGGGACUGACCAAUGACCCAGGUCUGCAGCUUCCCCUCUUUCUGACGUUCCUGCUCAUCUACACCAUCAAUCUGGUUGGGAACCUGGGGAUGAUCCUGUUGAUUGUCUUGGACUCCCGUCUCCACACUCCCAUGUACUUCUUCCUUGGCAACCUGUCUCUGGUGGACUUGUGUUACUCCUCAGCUGUCACUCCCACAGUCAUGGCUGGGCUACUUAUUGGUGACAAGGUCAUUUCAUAUAAUGAUUGUGCUGCUCAGAUGUUCUUUUUUGGAUCCUUUGCCACUGUGGAAAACUACCUCUUGGCCUCAAUGGCCUAUGAUCGCUAUGCAGCAGUGUGUAAGCCCCUGCACUACACCACCACCAUGACACCCAGUGUGUGUACCUCACUGAUCAUCGGCUGCUAUGUCUGUGGCUUCCUGAGUGCCUCCAUCCUCACUUGGGACACAUUCAAUCUCAUCUUCUGUAAGUCCAACCUGGUCCAUCAUUUUUUCUGUGAUGUUCUAGCAGUCAUGGUUCUCUCUUGCUCUGAUACACAUAUUAGUGAGCUUGUUUUGAUUUAUAUUGUCAGUUUCUGUAUCUUCUUUGCUCUCCUCAUAAUCCUAAUAUCUUACAUAUUCAUUUUUAUCACCAUCCUAAAGAUGCGCUCAGCUGCAGGACACAGGAAGGCUAUCUCCACCUAUGCCUCUCACUUCAGUGCUGUCUCCGUUUUCUAUGAGACUCUGAUCUUCAUGUACGUACAGCCCAGCUCCAGUCACUCCAUGGACACAGACAAAAUUGCUUCUGUUUUCUAUACUAUGGUCAUCCCUAUGCUGAACCCUGUGAUAUACAGUCUGAGGAACAAGGAGGUUAAGAUUGCAUUCUUAAGGGUCUGGGCUGAAAAACUAGGUGAGACCCAAAUUGAUUUUCCUUGA